AUGGCAACAACUCCUGAUGCUGCUUUUGAGACCCUCAUGAAUGGAGUGACCAGCUGGGAUCUUCCUAAAGAAUUCAUUCCUAGUGAACUCCUUCUUACUGGGGAGGCCGCCUUCCCAGUGAUGGUGAACGACAAGGGCCAGGUGCUCAUUGCUGCCUCUUCCUAUGGCCAAGGCCGCCUGGUUGUCAUAUCCCAUGAGGGCUACUUGUUGCAUGCUGGCUUUACCCCAUUUCUUCUCAAUGCAGUGAGCUGGCUCUGCCCCUCCCCAGGAGCUCCCAUUGUAGUGCAUCCCUCCUUGGCAUCACUAGUAAACAUCCUAGGUGACUCUGGCAUAGAGGCGCUGGCUCAGCCUGAACCUGGAGAGACUCUGGGUGUUUACUGCACGGAUGCCUACAAUGACAGUUUGACUGAGAAGCUGGUCCAGUUUGUGAAGCAUGGUGGGGGCUUGCUCAUUGGAGGCCAGGCCUGGUACUGGGCUGACCAAAAUGGACAUGAUAAAGUGCUCUCCAUUUUUCCUGGAAACCAGGUGACAAGUGUGGCUGGAGUGUAUUUCACAGAUGUCUGUGGGAAUAGAGACUUGUUCAAGGUCUCUAAAAAGAUACCCAACCUCACACUUUAUGUCAAGUGUAAUGAUGAGCUCAAGUAUGACCAGCAGCAGCUCCUGGAAGGGAUGUCUGAGAUGGACAUUGGGACAAGGGCAGUCCCCUCCCAGCUGCUGGUACAUGGGCAGAGGGCCUUUCCCUUGGGAGUUGACAAUUCAUUCAAUUGUUUUCUUGCAGCUGCCCACUAUGGCCGCGGUCGUGUGGUGUUGGGCGGGCAUGCACGUUUUAUUCUUAAUCAAACGAUGCUGCCGUUUGUGCUCAAUGCUUUGCACUGGCUGAUGGGGCAUCAAACAGGCAGGAUUGGGUUGGCUUCAGAAAUGAAAGCACUGAAGUCUAUGCUACCAAAAAGCAGCUUCCAGUGGACUGAAACCGAACUUCUGACCAGUGAUCUGAGUGUCUUUUGCUGCUGCUCAUUCACUGAUAUAGACGCCAAGAAAGUAGAGGAAUUUGUUGCAGAAGGUGGAGGUUUGCUAAUUGGCGCAGACGCCUGGCUAUGGGGCCGCAGGAACCCAGACUCUAACUGCAUGACUGAAUACCCAAAUAACAUCAUCCUUAAAUGCUUUGGCCUUGGAAUCAUAAGCCAGAUAGUCAAUCGAGGAUCCUUCCCAGUCCCAAAUUCUAAAGUGAUAAACUACCACAUCCGUACAGCCCUGGCCCAAUUUGAGUCCAUGAUCUACAGCCAGGAGAGCAUAUUACAAGAGAGAUGGCUGGGGAAGCUCCUGAAAGACUGUUCCUACAUGUUUCAAAUAACACAUCAGAGGAUUUCUACUUAUGACUCUGUGAAGAAACACGCUCUGAAAAUCAUCCAAAACAAGGGCUUCCCAAGUGUGAGUGAAGAAUACCCAAUCAUAAAUGGCAGCUCCCAGGCCUUUCUGCUUUUCCUGGCUUAUGAACUAUUCAAAUCCGGAGUUGACAUAUCUCAGUUACUUCCUCCUCCCUCCUUACUACCUUCCACAGAAUCUCCCAUGACCAUUAAAAUCAGCACAGACUACUGCAAUUCCUGGGUGAGCACUGGACUCUACUUGCCUGAAGGUCGGGUUGCACAAAUGACACUUCCCAGUGAAGCGACUCAAGCCAACCUGAAGGUCCUCAUUGGUUGCCAUACGGACAACGUAAGCGAAGCAAAAGUUUACCACCGUCCCCCUGUGAUGACGUAUACAUACCACUUAGAUUCAUCUCAGAAGUCCAUCUCCUGGCUCUACGGGGGGCUUCUCUACAUCAUUGUUCCCCCCAAGUACAAUCAGGAUGAUGUGUCUGUCACCAUCACUGGGGCUGUGUCUGCUCCAUACUUCAGGAUAGGUGAGACGACCCAGGAGGAAUGGAAGAAUCUUAUCAAGUACAGCGAAGCUCCCUGGGGAGAACUAGCCACAGACAAUAUUAUCCUAACGAUCCCUACGGAAAACCUCAUGGUCCUUCAGGACCCAUACCCGGUGCUCCAACUCUGGGAUGAGAUGGUACAGGCUGUAGCCAAGCUGGCAGCCAGGUCCUUCCCUUUUGAAAGACCUGAGAGAGUUGUACUUGACAAACAGAUUUCACUUGGUUUUCUCCAUUCUGGAUACCCCAUCAUGGGCUACACUAGUAUAGCAAAAGGCAUCAUUGAUGAGGUCACAAUCAGGUCACAUGGUAUUUGGGGUGUGAUACAUGAGCUGGGCCACAACCAGCAGAAGGGUAAAUGGAAUUUCCCACCGCACACCAAUGAAGCUUUGUGUAAUCUCUGGGCUGUUUAUGUGCAUGAGACUGUUCUAAAUAUCCACAGGGAUCAGGCCCACCCUUCUCUGAAUCCUGAACUUCGAAAGCAGAGGAUCAAAGAUCACCUGUCCAAGGGAGCACCCCUGAGUAACUGGGUUGUAUGGACAGCUCUAGAGACUUAUCUCCAGCUUCAGGAGAGCUUCGGGUGGGAGUCAUUCAUCCAGAUCUUUGGUGACUACCAAAGCCUCUCGAGCUUUCCCCAAGACAAUAAGGGCAAGAUGAAUCUGUGGGUGAAGAAGUUCUCUGAGGUUGUGAAAAAGAACCUGGCCCCUUUCUUUGAAGCCUGGGGCUGGCCUGUCCAGAGUGAUGUGGCUGAAAGCCUGGCCUCUUUGCCAGAGUGGCAGGAAAACCCCAUGAAGAUGUAUGCAGACGAUGGUACAGAAAGAAGAAACAACUGA